AGUUCAGCGACAUAAAUACCGUUUGUUUCAUCAGACCACUAGUUAGUUAAAUCAAAAGUUUCCAACAAAUCGAAUGAGUUAAAUCACAGCUUUAAUAUUCUCAACGAUGAAGUUUAAGUUCGUGGUAGUUUGUCUGCACGUGGCGUUCAUAGUAGGCGGAAACGGAACCGGCUCGAACGAAUCCGCCUUUGUCGCGACCAACGAAUGGCAGGAGAUCAAAGAAGGCCAAUCGAUUCCACAAGGACUGCACGUGAGAAUCAACCUUUCCACCGGUAAAAAAGAGGCGAAAUUACUAGACCCCGACGACGGUUCCGACUCGUCCCUUUCGAUGGUGCCGGGAGAAGAGCUGAAAGAUCAUGGCAUCGAUCGAGCCGCCCCGGAUACGGUGGCCGGUAUGAAACUGGAUGCGCUGAGAGACGCCUUGCGCGAUAUACCGGCCGAUGUGUACGAAGAAGAAGACCAGAACCGGGACGAUACCAUCCGUGGCAAGUUCAAAAGCUACGAGCAGAUUAAACAAGAGCUUAAAGAUGCUAACGUAGAACUGAAGAGUGAUAGUGAAAUUAUGUCCGCGCUGUUUGAUCGGUUUAGCGAAACACUCCUAAAGACUACAGCCGAGCAGCGGCCAGAGCUGGAUGCUCUGUUCGAAGAUUUACAGUAUCUAGCACACCAGAUCGACAAUGCGCUGAACUUUAUCGACCGUGGAGGAGUGGAGAAAAUACUCUGGCCCAGCCUGAACCGCACCGACGACACACCGACACGAGUGCAGGCCCUCAAACUUCUCGGCGUCAUCGUGCAGAACAACCCCAAAGCGAAGGUGGCACUAGUCGAGCGGAACGCCGGCACGAACCUGCUCACAGCGCUUGGGCGAGCAUCGACAACGGAGGAAAUUUCGGCCGCGCUGUACGCGUUCGGCAGCCUUGUACGAAAGUUUCCCUUUGCCCAGCGGCAGCUUCUGACCCCGCACGGCUAUAGCCUGCUGUACGGUGUGUGGACGAAAAAGGUCGAACUAAAGGUGAAGGUGAAAGUGCUACAGCUACUCGCGGACGUACUGGAGGAUUAUGUGGCAGCGACGGAAGGCGGGGCAGCCGGGUUCGAUCAAACGACGGUUGAACAGUACCGCUCGACGAAGCUCAUAGAGGGUUUAGAGAAAACGGAAUUCUGCAAACAUGCCGGAGAAUUUUUCCACCAGCAUCGGACGAUGCUGGUUCCGGAGGAAAAUCUUUCCGAUGAAACCGUCCAGGCACUUAGAUCAUGCACCAAACUUUGCCACGAUGCGUGGUCCCAGUGUCCACUGUUCCGGCAUACGUUGCUCGUGCUGAGAAACAACCUGGACCAUCGGUUGGACGAAGACAGUGACUUGGUAGAGUACCGGAGGGACAUUCAGAAAAACAUCGACGACUUCGUCCGGGAACUUUACGGACAACCAAGGGAUGAACUGUGAGAAAUGAGUACGAAACUUUCGCGGUACUUGAACACUAGAAAGUAGGCUGAUUAAAUGUGAUUGAAUAAAUUAUUUAUAGU